AACUGACGGAGCUAUUUAAAAAAACUGUGAAGACUAAAGCAUCUUUGAAAGGCAGUAUGAAAUCAAAUAUUAAAUGACUGUGAAUCCAGAAAGAGAGGAAGAAAAGUAUUACUGAUUUGCAGCAAUGCAGUUUAUAGUACUUGCAUUGCUAGAACAGUUUGAGGAGUUGAUAUGGUAGAAACUUCUCUGCCGAAAGAAAAUCAGAAGAGAGGAAAGCUUUUCUCUGGCAUGCAAAGUGAGUAAGUAUGCUGGUAACUUUGUAGUAUCCACCAGUGUCCACUGGCUGACUGAAUAUGCACAAGAAAUAAAUAACAUUGCAAGAAUUUCAUCCUUUAGGACUGAUAGGAGUGUUCAGCUAUGCCCUUAUUCUCUGUCACUGUACAAGUAAGUUACAGGUCCAUUGUACUUCUUCACUGCUGCAGUGUCUACACUGAAAAUAUUUUAGUAUUUGUGUAGAUGCUACCGGAAAUGGUUGAUGUAGACGAGGUUGAAAAGCUUUAAAGAGCAUAAAUCAGAGAAGAUGAAAUGUAUAGAUAAUGUAGUAUAUAGUAUACAUAUAUAAUAAUGUAUAUGUAAUAUAGUGGUGGACACCUAUAUUAUUCCUAAUUUCAUCUUUCAUAGUGGAAUGGUAGUGGCUCUGUCUUUGUGCCUGCCUCUUGCCAUUGCUCAAGUUACCUUUGCCUGUUGCUGCCUGUCCGAAGAUGACUGGGCAAGCUCAUUUUCCAUCUUGUUUGCUAAGGGGUUUCCUCCCCACUCGGCACCCACCCGUGGUGUGCAUUUUAAACCACAUUUUUAUUAUUACUUUGCAAGGUUGUACAGUUGUCUGAAAAACAUACACAAAUAAGAGUGAUGGACACAUAACAAUCUGUCAGAACAGACUAGGCUUUUCUCAGAACAGGGCAUGUUUAUCACCUAUAUUUGCAUACAGCCAUCUUUAUGGCAGACAAACUCUUAGUUGAAUUCACAGUCCCAUGUUAAAUCUCUUCUCCCACACCAAAAAAAUGUUUGGGCUGUUCUUCAUCCCAUGGAGACUAGAUCCAAAGAUAUGUUUGCUGGAAUCAUUGUGCAGCUAAGGUAUUGUGACAGCUACAUUUUGGUGCAUGGAGAAGGGCAUGAAAAGUAUGGUCACUGCUGCACGGUUGGCAACUACUCCCUCUCUCUGCCAAAUUCGUGAAAUCAGUCAUCAGUUUUGGAAUUGUGCUGUGGAGAAGCUGGCAAACACUGAAGAGCAUAACAAUCACCUUUCUGUGGUCCCUUGGCACCACAGAAGCAGCCACUUUGCCCAGUAGCUAGGAUUUAUUUAUUCUUUCGUGCUGAAGGUUAUCCUUUCUGGCAUUUUAAUAUUUUCAAGGGAAGUUCUCUCUGAUGGACAUCUUGUGUACUAAAAAGCUCUCUCAAAAUAACACAUGCUUGCUGCGUGCCCAGAUGCAAAGUGGCAAGCUGCAGCGCCCACACCUUUCAUAAAGUACAUUUGCAGAGCUCAGAGCUUAGGCCUGAAUAUGUUUAUAGCACUUUAGGACUGUUUGUGAAGUUGGAGCCCUUCCAAAAAAGAAGAAAAAAAUCGAGAAGGCAUAUAUUAUUGUUUAUAAUCUGCUUUAUUCAGCCAAACCUUUUCCCAAACAGCCCCCUGGAUUGCUGUUUAAAUCCUCUGGUGCCUUUAACUACUGAUACUGAAAAUGGUUAAUGCAUAUUCAAACUAAGCCUGGCAUCUACUCCAGGAAAUCACUUUAAUUGAGAAGCAUUAAAUGUUAAAAUGAUUAAAAUACAUAAAGCCAACAUGGUGUAUAUGAAGAGCCCAGAUCCGCAGCUUCAGAGUGUUCCUUGGCCCAGUAUCUCUGAAGUAUGAGCUUCAAAGGCUGAUACAGUUUAGAAUUCCCUGAAAAGAAAAUUGGUCCGUUUUCUUGACUCACAGAACUGGAUAUCUAGCAAGUAGCUCUCUAACUAGAAUGGAAGCAAACACUUUGAGAGUCACCGGGGAAGGUUUGAUGACUUGAUGCUUAAUUCUGCUUCUGUAGGAUUAUGUGUCUUUGUUGUGUGUGUGUGUGUGUGUGUGAGAGAGAGAGAGAGAGAGAGAGAGAGAGAGAAAGAGAGAGAGAGAGGGGUCCCCACCCUGUAUGAGUUCAGGGUGGGAGAAAACUUGUACUCUGAUUCUCUGAAGAUUCCGUGGCCAGAUCACAUACUGCCAAGAGCACAAGUGAUGAACAAAAAAUGUGGGAAGAAAUUCCACAUUAGAGCCCAAAUAAAAUUUAGUAAUAGUGACAGCUGUGGUAAAAUGUGUGAGGAUCAUCACCACCAACAACAAAACAAAACCGCCCGCCUCUGAGAAUAGAAAAGCAUCAUGCUUCUCUUUUUUUAAAAUGGUUGUAUAGACUGGUAUGAUUCAGCCAGUUGCUGCAUGGUGAUAACUGUAUCUCUGGUGAUAAACCUGAACCUAUGUACCUUGGGCAUCUGAAAAUAAGUAUCUGAUCUCUGCCAACCCUCAUAAUGUAAUAGAUUUUAUCACUUAUCUGUGUUUCAACACGAGGAAGUCUUGAUUGAAAUUAAACACAGAAGCUAAUUAGUCAGUUGAUUAGUCUGUUGAAAGUCAGCUGGCCCCAUUAAGCUAGCUAGCUCCAGAUUGUGUUUUCUGAGAUUGGAACCAAAUAUAUGUCCUUGUAGAGGAUGUGAAAGUGGGUGUUUGGGGGAAUAAAUAAUCUGUAGAACAGGGAUGAUGAAUCUGUGGCCCUCUAAAUGUUCAAAGAAUCAUAGAAUUGCAAAGUUGGAAGGGUCAUCUAGUGCAAUGCAGGAAUCUCAGCUAAAGCUUCCAUGACAGGGGGUUGGACUCGAUGGCCCUUGUGGUCUCUUCCAACUCUAUGAUUCUAUGAUUCUAUGACAGGUGGCCAUCCAACCUCUGCUUAAAAACCUCUAAGGAAGGAGAGCACACAGCCUCUUGAGGGAAACCAUUCCACUGUCUAACAGCUCUUACUUCUGCGUCCUUUGGAGGAUGGAAGUUGUAGUCAUAAUGCAAAUACCUUGGGCUGCUUAACUUCACACUCUUUUCCUUCAUCCAUGUAAGGCUACAGAUCCAUCCCUCAUUGCAUAGCUGUCUGAGUUGUAUAUGGGCAUGAUGGGAUGGGUGAACACAAACAAUUCGCAAGUUCUUGUAACCAGUUGGUAAGCUGGUUAUUUAUCUAUAUCAUCCUGUAGAAAGAAAUAAGAGCUUCACUGUGUCCUAGAUUUCUACUAAGAUACAGGUUGGCUGCUAGCGGGUCAAUUUAAGCCAAGUGCUAAGUGCUGGUCUCUGUCUAAAACCUUUUCAGUUGUGUGGUGAAUGUGAUAUAUUUAAAAGAUCGUUGGAGAAAGUAUGUUGGUGCUGUAAGCAAAGUUGCUCUAAUUUAAACUAUUGAUACAACACAGAAAAAGGCACUUGAAUCCUAAAGAACUUUUCAUAUUUAUUUUACAUAGAACUUUCUUUUUUUUACAUACAACUCAUGCCAGCACACAUGAGGCAUAUACGAAGAAACUUGCCAGGUUUUGUUUUGUGUUUUUUUCCAGAGACACAUGGCAAUAAAUAGGUUUCUUUAGACUUCGCUUCAGAACUGUACAAAAUGUAUAACCGCAGGGAGCUGUCCGUGGUGGGAUAGAGCAAACUGGGAGGGAGGUGUAAGGAAUGCAUCAGCCUUGCUCUUGUCAUUUUUCUUGCUUGAAACUGUAUUCAAAACCAAAAAGUGGACAGCUUCAUUUUUACCGAGUCCAAGUUGCUGAGUUUGUUCUUGGUCUUUUUCCUCCUCUAAGGAGUUCUGUGCUUGCAUGUCUACACAGAGAAGCUAUUGGAUGGAAUGCCUGAUGAGCUCGUGACACCACCAUGCACACAGUCUGUGUGUUCUGCUCUUCAGGUACAAAAGAUGCCUUCUUAUUCCACAGCACUAGCUAGAAGUCACCCAUGUGCUUUAGGAAAGCAUUGUGUUUACCAAGCAAUGUGAAUAUGCUAAUCCUGACCUCUGCUUUUGCAUUAUUUGCUUCCUUGUUGCGGUUAGGAGCAAAUCCUGUUCGUUGUUUUUUUGUUUCUGUUUUUAAAGACAACAACCAAACCCAAGUGAAAUAGACAACAUGCCAGUGGUGUGCUUUUUCUUUUUUAGCUUCAGCCAUGGCCAAAGCCCUGCAGCAACAGGUCAUAACAUACAACAUGUUCACACUAAACUGUGAAUUAGUCCUCUGAGCACUGUUUCCGAGUCCUGAAAUGCAGUGCUCUUAACAGGAAGAUGGAUUUCCUUCCCACAAAUAUACCAGCCAUAGCUGCAUUAGAGUGCAGGUGAAAGCUAAAGUCAUAGAAGAGGAGUUCUGGUCAAAAACACCGAGACCUUAUACAAGGCUGGAAUAUUGCAAAGGCAGGUAAAAUGUUAUGCUAAGCUCUUCAGGAAUUAAGGAGACAUGGAUGGCAAAGAACAUGCAGUAAUCAAUUUGCAUGAUUCUCUCUAUAUCUGAACAAUUUCAGGCAGAUGUUCUUAAAUCCUCCAGAAAAUGUCAAACUUUAUUAGACACUUCAUGGCAAAGCGUUUAUAACUUAUGCUUAAUCAAGUUAAUAAAACUGGGAUGCAAACUGAUCGUCUAAAUAAAAGUUUCAAGAGCAAACAUUUCUCCCAUUUGAUGUUGUCAGAUUGAUAAAUUGUCAUACACAUGCGAUUGUUGCAGAAAAGUAGCUAUGUUGAUACCUUAGCAGUGGUGUUCUGGGUGUGGCAUCAAUGUACACAGAUGCCCUUUUGCAUCCAGUAGAGUUUAUAAGUCCAUUCUACCCCUCUGACUAUUACACUUGAGCUUUGAUUGAGUGGGGGCGUAUAUAUAAUUUCUAUUGAACUUUGAAGGAAAGAUGUAAUAGAGAUAAAGAAUCCAGCCAAAGGGCAGAGCACCAUCUGCAUGCAUGCAGAUUUUUGUUAAUUCAGCCUUGAUGCACACAAUUCCUUACUGACUUUGCUGGAGUUGGUAACCAGGAAUUGAAAAUGAAGUACACAGAAGCAAAUCAGUAUUAAUGUUCAUCAUUCUCACAAACUUGAUAGCCUGCCUAUUCUUUGCUGCAUCAAAUUCCUCAUUAAAGAUUUGAUAACACAUUGUAAACCAAAAUAUAGUAUACCUGUGCCAUAUGGAAGCUAAGAAUUUUAAAGGGAUCUUGGCUGGGCAGCAGUAGGAUGCAAAGUUUGUUCCGGGUUUUCUUUGGGGUCUCUCAGUUUGCUACUGUUUCUGUAUCAUUGCAUCUUGAACAAAACAUUUGUCAAAUUAUUUCUAGCACUGUCCUCACACUUGUAAUUUUCACUUGUGAAUAGUUCAUGAUGUAUUUAAAGGUAUCCUCCACAACAUACUCCUAAGUUAAAUUCUUGUCUCGUACAACAUACAGGUUUUUCUGCUGUUCUUCCCAAGCUUAUUUUUGCCUCAAUGUAUGUUUCGUUGUUUGUUUUUGUUCCCAAAUGGGCAAAGGCAACCCAUCAUUACGGAUUUAUUUUUUGUUUUUAGGCUAAAGGAAUUGUGAAGACUGAAGAGGGUGAAAUGGUACAAGGGCAGGUGCAAUCCUUGACAGUGUAAAGCAGACUUCCUCAACCUUGGCCCUCCAGAUGUUUUUGGCCUACAACUCCCAUGAUCCCUAGCUAGCAGGACCAGUGGCCAGGGAUGAUGGGAACUGUAGUCUCAAAACAUCUGGAGAGCCGAGGUUGAGGAAGCCUGGCGUAAAGCAUGAAAUAAUGCCAUAUAGGCAAUGAGAAUGAUGGGGGGAAAUGGCAUUAUUGAUUUCAGUCAGAGGCUUGCUUUUCACUUAAAGGGAACUAUGGCACUUGAGCACAUGUGUAUCUCUCCCACUGAAACCACAAGGGCUUGAAGGUGCUUACGUUUUGGCAUCAGCAUGCCAUGUGUUACUCAUUAUUUAUAAAAAAAGAGAGAGAAAAUGCCCCAACGCCUACAACAUUCACACCUACGUGAUCUAAACAUUGCCACAUUUCCUUUUGUCAUGGUUCUAACAAAGCCUGAUGCAUGAAUCCCUUGCAAGCACCUUCUAAACAUUUCUCUUGUGUUCAGAGUAAUUGGCUCCACAUACUUGGAACAUGUGCAAGCAUAUACCUGCAUGUUGACAGGCUUGAAUAGGAUGAAUGUUUGCAGGGGGGGGGUGAAAGUUAAAAUGAACCCCCCCCUUGCAAAAAACCCCUUUUUGUUCCUAUUUUAAGUUCUGCAGUCUGUGACUCCAAUAUGGAUAAAACAGCUUGAUUUCAGCAGAGUGUGGGGCUGAUACUGGAAUAAUUGCUUUCUCACUUGAACUGAAAUAGAAAAGCUAUUCAGUAAUGAAGCUGAAUUAGUCUUGAUAUUAUAAAGGGUCAUGGUAACAAAUGACAUAGAAAUAGUUUACAGUUACAGUAUCUUAAAGGAAGAUACUGAAAAUGUCCAUAUAUUGUCAGAAACGUGACUGAGAUUGUUUAGCUGUGGCACAGUGGACUUAGGCUUGGUCAUUUGUACCUUCAGUCUGAUCCUCAUUGGGUUGCGUGGUCUUAUUGUCUGUUUUUACCACUAAUAAAUGUAUUGGGGGUAAAUCAAAUACUGACUCAAGGGAAAUGUUUCUAAAUUUUGAUUGAAAGUGAGACAGUGUGCUGGUCAGGAGAAAUGUGGAGCUCAUUCUACAUGGGAUCGGUAGUCAUCUUUCACAUGGUGUACAAUGCUUGGCAAAACUGAACACGUUUUUUUAAAAAGCAAGACACACAAGCCCAAAUUAUUACCAGCUCCAUAAAACAGAAAGCAGUUUUCGCUUUCCCCCACAAAAUCUUGUAGGGGCAACAUUUUCCACAUUGGAGGCAGAAUUCCAAUUAAAUGCUUAAAGGGAAAAAAGGAGCAGUCAAUAUUAAUCUGGAGACUUUCAACAGAUACAUUGUGGGGUCUUUUUCAUUAGAUUGUUUUGAUUAUGGAAAGGCAGCUAUGGAAGUCAGCAGAAAUCCCUUGCCUAAUUCAGUUCUGUUUAUAUUUUUCGCAAUAGCAUGUUGAAAUAAAAACUUUACAUAUGCACUUUCCCCCUUAACAGCUAUAAUCUCUCCAAGGGAGAAAUGUACAUACUUCCACACAGUGAAAGGCAGCAUGUAUUUGGGUCAAGAAGCUGCUAUGUUCCUUUAGCAUUUUACUGUGUCUUGUCCCAUUCUCGUGUGAUUUCAAAAUAGGCCCCCAAACCCCACCAGAGCAAGUGAAAGCUUCUUUUUAGGCUUUGACUGUGUGAUAGCUCAGUCAGUAGAGCAUGAGACUCAUAAUCUCCAGAGUUGUGGGUUUGAGUCUCACGUUGGCCAAAAAGAAUCCUGCAUUUCAUGGGGUUGGACUAGAUGACACUCUACAAUUCUAUGGGUUGUAGUCAUUCCUAAUAUUUCAGUGGGUCUACUGAGGGUAUGACAUAGUUGGCUACCGCCCUAUUGGUUCAGGGACAGAAUAUUGAGAGUUUGCACGUGUAAGACUGGUACACUUGUGUGUGUAACCUCAUUGGCAAUCGUUGUGCUUGAGGUGUUAAAACUGAUCUACCUGACUGCUCAUUUACAAAAAAGUAAUCACAUAUUGAACACCUAUGCAUGGGCCAGUUCUCAGCUUCUCGUUACACUCAUGUGACCUUGCUCCUUUUACUCAGUGAAUAUAGUCUGGAAGUUAUUGUCUGGAAAUGCAAGGAAAGACAUAGUUCUUCCCUGAGCCAUGUCUGCAAACAGUAACCAAUUUAUAGAAGACACCGUUAAGAGAAGCAUUCUGUGAUUCUCAAAUAAUUGAGAAGGGCUAUAAGACUAUAGUAGUUCUAAGAGCAAUGCAGUACUGAGGUAUGUGAGGCAGGCUUGGAAUGUGUAUGAAUCUCUAAGAAAGUUCAAACUGUUCACAGAACUGCUUCAGUGGAAAGUUAAACAACUCUGAUCUCAGUCUAUGAAACCCUCUUGACACAUCUGGUUUCUGGCUAAUGUCUUCCACCAUAUGAUUGUCAUGUUAUUUUUCUUUCUCGGUCUUUUCAUAGUCUUCCCACCCUAGAAAGCGGGGGGGGGGGGGGGAUCCCAGAGAUGGUUGUUGGAGAGCUCCCAUUCCUAGCCACUGGCUCUUCUGGCUGGGGCUGAUAAACACCAUAGGUGGAGGGCCACAGGUUUCCUACCCCUGCUAUGAAGCUUUCUUUGGCGGGUGAAUUCUGAACAGCUUUAAAUCUUCUAAAGGUUUGUCUCCUCGAAAACCGGUAGCAGCAUAGCAAUGGCAAUAAAAAUGUGUCAUUUAGCAUGAUGCCAUAUUAUAACAUGUACUGAAAUAAUGAAACAUCAUAGGACUUUGCACUAGAUUAUAGGCAUUGUCAAAUUCUUUGUAAUCCAAUUUCCUAUAAACUAAGACUCCUUUUUUUCAUUUCUGAUCAGACGAAAUAUGCCUUGUGCUUGACUUGUAUGCAGAUUGCAGCCUUGGAGUAGUGGAAUUAAAGGCCUACAGCGGACUUUUUGCCCAUGCUGGACCCUUGCAUGCUCACAUAGUUGAUGGGGACUACAAGCCCAGUAAAAUUGUGCGUUGUGGAGAGAUAUUUUGUUGUUGUUCUUUUCAUGAAAGGGAAAGUGUCCCACGGUAAAAGUUACUGCUCUUGCAGUGGUUAUAACCAGUGAUCCCAGCAAGUCAAGAAAAUAACUGCUGUAAUCGCCCCGUGACCCACCUGUGGUGUAGGUUUUUCUAGCCCAUGCAAAAUCAGUUUUUCCUCUCAGCUCCUCUGCAGCAUGUUGUCCAAUUGAUCACAAUGGUACCUCCUCUCCCCUAGCCGAAAACAGGACAGGCCUGUCUUGGUGGCUGGGAAGGGUUUGAAAUGUAGCAGAUAAAAUUGUAUCUGCCUUGUUUUGGGUCCUGUGCCUUGCCAGUUGGUACAGAGGCUGGGAAAAGAGAGGAAAAGGCAGCAACAUCCCGUGUGAUGCUGCAAACUGCAAAUGCUUAAAGGCUGCAAUGUAGGUAGGAAGUAAAACCACCUGUGGCUGCCCCACCAUUUAUCCUGCAUAAGGCAAAGAUAUACCGAAACAGCCAAGUAAAUGUGAAGCUGCAGGACUGGGGGAGGAAGAAAAUACAGAAGGGGCGGGGAAGGGGGGAAUUGCAAUCUCCCAAUAACUUUCCAUCCCUUCAGCAGUCAAGUCUGGAUUUAGCAAUAUUGCAUUUCCAUUGGUUGGCUAGAGGUGAGCAAAUGAGGACAGUGGCCGUGCCACAUGAGAGCUGAUGUGGAGCUGCCAAAGGCCAAAAUGUUUAGUCAUUUCAACAUGUGCUAGUGUUGCACUCAACAGCAGAGCUCUAUGGAAAGAGUCAAUAAACUCUUAUUUACUACAGCUGGCACCCCUAAAGUCAUACAAAUACUAUACACACCAAUGUGCUCUGUUCAGGAGCAGUGCCUCCUAUGUCCCACUCUUUCAGACAGAAAGCAAAUAUAUAUCUUAAUACCAUGUUUUCUUUCAGCUCUACAGGAAACAAAUAGUGGAUUCCCAUUCUAAAAUAAUGGAAAUGUUCUCGGAAUGGCACGCCUGUGAUCCUUGAAGUCUGAUUGCCGUCCCUCAGUGGGUGUUUGUUUGUUUAUAGUAUGCUUUCAGGCCCCAGAGAGCAAGUGGGGAUAUGGCAAAAUUGACGGGAGCGCGAAAUUUUAAAAAGGAGGAUGAUCCAUUUCAUCAAGCCAAGAGGCAGGGCUUGUUGGAAAGUCUGGAUAACCAACGCUGCUUCCAGUAGAAAUAUCAGAGGUUGGGCCUCCAGCCAUAGCUCUGAGUGUCUGACUCACCCCCUGCCCUCCAUGUGCCAUUAUUCCUAAAUUAUUGUCCAUUGUGUAAUCCAGGCCAUUUAGCAACGGAGUGUGUGAUGGAAGGGAUGAUAUGGAAGCGGGAGACUGUGGGAUUCCGUAGGGGCUUCCAUCCCUCAAGUCCUGAUACGAUUGUCCAGUCCCAUCCAUUGAGAAAGUACCGUUCAUUAGCUGUCCACUAGCCACCUCACCAGCAUUGUUAUAAAUUCUGUUGUUGUGGCCAAGCUCCGAGAGGAUUUGGUCUUCUGUAAACAAAGCAAGGAAAACAGCAUUUUAAGUGCAGCAGAAAUAAUAAGGGUCACUGCAUACAUUUGCCAUGAAAAGGAAGAACGAACACUGGUAAUCUAUCCAAUUGCAGUCCUAUCCAAGACAGCCAACCGUUCUUAAGUCCAUUGAUGCCCAUGGAUUUAAGCUAGCCUUGUAUCUAACCACCUGUCUGGUAGCUGUAGGCGACAGAGAAUUGUAAAAAAGUUACUAGCCUGGCAGGGAAGGGGCAUAGAAACCCACCGGCAUGGCAGAACUGUCUCCUCUUCAGCACCUAGCAGACUAGUAAAUGUUGCCACAGGCUACUAACUUUUGUGACCUUAUUUUUAGGGCUUAUUCAAGCACACUUCUGCCGCAUCAUGGCUUAAGUAUAUUUUCCAUCGCUGAAACAGGAUCAACCCCAUUCCAGCUGGCUGUAGACCUACAUUAACUGAUUUCCCUUUCUUCUUCUUGUGGCAGUUAUGAAGUUCUGCCAAUCCAAAGACUGAGAAGCUUCAUACAUGCUCCAGUGCCCACCUCUGGAAAAGACUAACCAAAGCGGUGCAGGUGAUGAAAGACUGACAUGUUUUAAAUGCUCUGACAAACAGUAGUUCUGAAAUUCUCAGAGAUAUUUACAUUGCAAAAUUCAUCAGUGUCAUUGAAAGGUCUAUACUGGCAUCAAAAGCCAAACUGUAACAGAAAAGCCCUAUUGUACCUGUGUGGGAAAUGGUGGUUGUUGUUUUUUAAAAAAUACAUUUACUAUUUUGACUUAUUUUUAAACCACCAUUUCUUUCUCACAUCUCAUUAUUAUUUGACUACUUGGUUAAUCACUCAUCAACUUAUUUCUGUCACUUGCUGAGUCAACACAUAUCUUUGUGUAUUUAAGGGCAUUAGUCAGCCAAACAUAAAGUGCUUAAGUCCAGUUUGUUUCAGUGGCAGAGUUAAGCCUAGGCUAAACACACACACACCCCGACAUUGUCAUCAGUGGGACUUACAGGGGCUUCGUUUUUCAGCUGGUGCUUGUUUCUAAGUUUCUACCUUUUCAUCAGCCACAACUGAACAGACCCAUCUUGUGGCAUCACUGUUUUAAUGAAGGUGCACAGCACCACAUAAAAAAUGCACACAGAACACCACACAAAACUUUCAGUGGUAUCUAUCGUUUCACAAGCAGACUUAUGGGAAAUGCACACUUCCAGAUCUGUUCCAAAGGGUCCCCAACCCUCUGGAGGAGAUUUGCGGGGAGGGAGAGGAAGGUGAAGUCCCAUUAAUGCCAGCUGAAGGCGCACACAGAGACACCUUUCUACACAUUUAAAAGGAAGGAAGAAUUCCAAACCUUAAAACAGGGAGAAGGUUUAAUUAAAUUGGAUCUGGCUUUUAGUAAAGGCAAUCAAGUUUAUAUGGAGUUGCACAUCUGUGAAUAUCUCUUUACUCUGCCAGAUUUUAUACAGCAAAGUUCAAUUUGUGUGUACCAAGAAAUAAGUCCCAUUCAAUUCAUUGUGGUUUACUCCCAGGUAACAGUAUAAGAUUUCAGUCUUCAAAUGCUUUCGGGCAAGGUUCCAGAUUCUCAUGGCAAUGCACAAAGCAACUUGGGUCCCUGAUAUCUUCAGGACUCUUAUAUCCUGGCCCAAUCACUGAGAUCAUCUGGAAAAGCGCUGCUUGUUACGUUUAAGAGACCUGAGGUAUUUAGUCAGUCUCAUGCUGUGGAACACUUUCCCAGUAGAGAUGAAACAGCAAGCCUCCUUGUUGACUUUCAAGCCCUUUUAAUGCCAACAGGCCUUUGCAGCUGCCACUUAUUUAUCAUUACGAUUAGCCUGCCUCUUUAAUUACUAACUGUAUGGUUUGAAUGGUGCUUUUAUGAAUUAUUGUUGUAUACCACCCUUGGAUUUUAUGAUAAUGGCAGUAUGGAAACGCUUUUAUAAUAAGAGGGUAAAAAUAUGUGUUUCUUGGUGCGUUGGUCUGGCUCUUCUUUUUUCCUCUUUUUAUUAUUGGUUACAUUUCUUGUUGUUGAUGGUUAUUUUUUAUAUUUUAAAAAAACCAUCUUUAGCCUUAAAUACCUUAAACACGUUUGAAGCAGGUAAUUCAGGCUGCAAUUCUCAACAUACCCUCAGCCUAGCUCAGGGCCCUACAAGUGCAAAAGUAGGUUUCUAAAUGGACUGUGCAGGCAGUUUCCUCACUGAUCCAAUAGUUUGGGGUUGAAUGGGCAGAGCCAUUUCAAGACUGCAGUUUUGCAGUGAAGCACUGAUUCAGUCCUCCACUAUACCACCCAACUGCUGCUUGGCAGGAUUUUAAACUGUGGACUGGAGCAACUCAAUGACUUAUUUUAUUGUUUAAGUCCAUUUCUAAACAGCUUAAUUUUAGGGGGAGGACACUUAAGCAGCAUACAAGAAAACUCAAAUGUAUAAUAAAUUUACAAUCUGUACAAUCGAAAUGCCUAUGCAAUUUAGCUUAUGAGGAGGCUGUAAUUUAGCUUUCCAAACAGUUGCCUUCUGAGCAAAUGUUUGUGCAUUCUUAAGAGAGGGAAGCAUGUUUUGUUUCCAACCUGUUUUGGCUAAUGAUUUUGAAUCCUGUUAAGAACACAGGUGUUUUUAAAUUGAGAAGAAUCCCUGUGAAAAGCCAAUGAGAAGUGUUAUCUCAUGGGAUUAUCAGCACAGAAAUGUUUGGGGUGGGAGAGUCACAUGCCGCCCAUUCAAUCCUGAACAGGAGCACUACACACGGCGCCAUUUUGCAGGUCCCACUGCCACAUGUAGGGCCUUCUCUGCCUUGCAACUCCCACUAAUAAUUCUCUCUAGGUACUGGACUUUAUAUCUAUUUGAUACUAAAAAUCCAGUGGUGAUACCAGAGGCUCCAAGUUUACUCACCCAAAUUGGAAAUACCCAGCCAUUCUCCAGUCAGUCAAAGACUAUGCAUAUAGCAAACUGGUUGUUUUGGGUGGGGGGGUGAGGGAAUUGUCACAAAAACAAACAGCAAAUUCAACUUCCAUCGGAGAACUUCAUUAUAACAAACAAUUCAGAGGUUCAAUUUGUCGUUUGAAUUGGGCAGCUUGCACACAGUGAGGGCAUGAAAGCAAAGGUUGGAUUUGCUGCCCUCUCCGCUGCAUGUGGAAUGUUGCAUUUGGACUGGGGCAUAUGCCUAGAUAGGCAUACCUCCCACGCAACCCAUUCCUUUGGGUGGCCAGUGUGCAAUGCUUCUCUAUGGGAGAUUCUACAUUGAAGAGGGGAAAUCCCAAGCCUCCUUCAUGCCACUGCUUUUGUAGCCAACAUAGACUAAAACAAGUGUGGGGAACCUCAGGACUGGUGUCUGACUGCAGUCCUCCAGGACUCGCGUUGGCUCUGCUCUGUGCUUCCCUCCAGGCAAUUUUGUCUGGGUAUAUACUGUCCUUGAAAUCAAUAAUGCCUCUUACGUAAACGGAUGGAAGCGUUUAUAUGUAGAGAAACCCUAUGGCAGCCUUUCUCAACCUGUGGGUCCCCAGAUGUUGUUGAACUACAACUCCCAUCACCCCUAGCUAGCAAGGCCAGAGCUCAGGGCUGAUGGGAGUUGUAGUCCAACAACAUCUGGGGACCCACAGGUUGAGAACCGCUGCCCUAUGGCUUGCUUUUUUCUCUUGCCCUGCCCAUCACCAGCACGCAAAAGGUUGCCCUCAGUCUGAAAAAAGUUCUCCAUCCCUGAGCAAGGGCAACUUCAAGCACAAGCAUAUGAGCCUAUAGCUCAAUCUGCCUUGUAGAGCAAGUUUGUGUUGUCCUGUGGACGAUAGCCCUAAGCCUUUCCCCAGUCUCUGCUCUCCCCCAUGCCUACCUCUGAAGCUCAGCUCACUAUCACUAACCCCACAGUCCUCUGCAGAGCUCUCCUUUUCAUGUUUGCUGCCUCCUCGAUUCCUCUUAACGCUCUUGUAGAACUGGCCCCAGCGGUGACGCCCAGCAUCUUUCUUCAGACGUUUCUCUUUGGCUCUUCUGUUUUGAAACCAGACCUGGAGCCGUAGAAGAUAAAGGAGGGAAAAGACAAGCAUUGGUGGUGGCUUGAGAGUCCAUCCAAGCAGAGAACUCUAGUGUGGUUCAGUGGACAGAGAGCAGCAAUUUGAUCUCCUGUAUCUGAAUUCAAGCCCUAAUUCUGCCUUAGAUACGUCGAUUUAUUUUGUUAUUUGUAGCACUUCUACCCUAAAGCCAAAGAAAAAGCUCCCAGAGUUGCAUACUAAGUACAGAAAGAUGGGCAGGAUGAACAAAAUGAAAAUGGUGUAAGAGGGAGGAAGAAGCAAGCAAACUCAGACACAAGUUCUUAGUUCCAUGGUCGUCUGGUGUGGUGACCAAUAGGUGGAAAAGUUCAGAAGAGUUAGCUGAUCUCUCCAUUAUGCUGCAGUCAGGUGCAAUGGCUGCUGGAGGGAGAGAAGCCUAGCUUCUUGCAGCAUAGCUGGAAGUGGCCGUGCAUCUGUUUUCUUCCCUCUGUUACAGCCUCGAUUAUGUGACUUUCUCAGCUUCAAUUUCUGCAUUCCAAAAAUAAUAUCUGCAUUGGGAUAAUAUUUAUUUCACAAGUUUAUAUACAGUUGUUUUUCUUUUGUAAUAAAACCUCCAGGUGGUUUGCAAAAAAAGAGUAAAAAGAAAAAAUAGUUCCCCAAUGUAAAUUAUUGCCAUUAUUAAUGACAUUGUAGCAACUCCCCCCCCCCCCCAAAAAAAAAUCCCAAGGCAGAUUCAUAUCUGGGGUUAUUGUUUCUGUGUAUUACUCUGUACUUUUGUGCUUUUGUGUUGUGAUUCUUGAAGGGCAUAAAAUAAAUUUAAUAGAUAAAUAACAUUCCUGCCAAACCAGACGAUCCACAGUGCAGUGUGGCACAAACAGAGGCAGCUUCUAGUUUACGUGAAGAGGAGCUCUGUGACAAUACAAGCCUUACACACGCUCAGUUGAUACGGUUAGUAUGAAAAUCUUUCCCUUGGAAGAUGAGUGAGAGUUAACACGGGAGCACACUCUAGGAAAGCCUUGGAGCUGCUUUUGACAUCCCUAAGAGGGUUUAUUGUUGUGUCAAACCAUUGGAGGAUUCACUGGCCUUGCAAUUAAUGUCACACCCAAAGCUGCCUCUGCAAAUGUUUGAACUGGUGCUGCUUUCUGCGCCUUCUCUGAACGUGACCAGGUGAAAAAGAGGAGAGUGUUAGUAAAAGGUGAUACUCCUCCUUCCUCAACAGAUCUUUAUAAAAGCCCUCAAAUUCUAUACAUUCCUUUCAUUCUGUUCCUGCAUCUGAGGUCCAUAGCAGCCUCCAGAUAUGCUUUAUCAACCCCAUGAAGUGCAGGAUUGUGGAAUUUUAACCCACAGGUAAAGGGACUUCCGCUGCCUCCUUCUUGCACACACAAAUUUCUCCUGCAUGAGCUCAGCUAAUGCCACCUGGCAAGUAAUUAAUGGCAAGUAAUUAAUGCUGUAGAUCAAUCAAUUACUUAGUUGAGGACAGUAUCUGCAUUGUGCCAUUUGGCUCACCUGUACAACCCGCAUGUCCAAUCCAGUUUCAGAAGACAGCUGCUCCCGCACAUGCCUCGCUGGUUUGGGGGAGUUUUUAUAGGCAUUUUUUAAUGUUUCCAACUGUUUGGCUGUGAUGGUGGUUCGAGGCCUCUUAGCUCCAGCUUCUGAAUCGUCUGUAACAGAACAGUUUCCUUUUAUUUUGGCACACAGAGCAUGAAAUGGAAGCUUAGGCAGAAUAUAGGUAUAUGUGUGCCGUGAGCUUUGAAAGUGGAAGCUGUCUCAGGGAUGAGAACAAGGUAAAACCAGCCUGCACUGUCCUUUUAACAGUAGGUUGACGCUAUUGAAUGGCAAUUUAGAGCCAUUUGAUUGCACAGCUUGCAAAAGCACACAAAUAAGAGAACCCAGACCUUGUUUGUUAUCAUCUGUCUCAUGCUUUUGAUUCUAUAAUUAAGUAACACUUCAACUGGAAAUCAUGGAUCUCACUGUCAGUUGGUUCUGCAAGCAGUAGCACGUGCAAUUUUCUGCAGUUAAAACAAAUGUAUAAACAGACUCCCAAAUCUGAUUUAGUCUCAGAUAAUUGCCUAUGAAUUUCAAGGAGAGCAGCAACAGCCUCUAUCAUCAGAUCAGCAAUAAAAAUGCUAGUGUGAGGAUACUCUCUGGUUGAAGUUGCCAGGCUGAAAUGGGUAAAAAGUGCCUGUUUUUAUUUCUGAACUCUCACAAUAUAGCAGCCAUUCUAACAGUAGCUUUUUUCUUUUCUUGAAGGACAGAGUGCAUGUUCUGGAAGAAGCAUAACUGCCAAAGCCAAAAAUGCUCCACAGCAUUUCCUACGUACUCUGAUAACAAAACGUAUUGCUAUAGAAACACAAGUCUCCCCUUCCUUCAUAUAUAGACAGUUUAGCCAUCCUGUUUGGUCCACGCCUUGGAAUUCCUCCUCUCUUACUUUGCAGCCCCUUGGGCUGCAAAACUUUAUGACACUGUAGCCAUCGAUAACGCUGAGUCAAUAAUAGAAAUUGAGCAAUAUUCAAUCUCUGAUCUCUUAGCCCUGCCCCCCAAACCAAUCCCCUUAGCACAAAUAGGCAUUGCAUCACCCUAGCUAAAUUGAUUAGGUCAAAAUAGAGUCCUUAAUUAAUGAGAAGUCAGGGCUUGUCAACAUGAAAUCCAUUAAAGACCAGUUCAGUUUUAAUUUCAGUCAGGCACUGUUUGGCAGUCUCUGUGGAUUCAUUAGUGUUUGGUGAUCUAUAGCCUCUUUCUGUCUCGCUUGCCUCAACCCACCCCCAAUUCUGGGUUUUUCACCUACAGUAAAUAUUGGCAUUUUAGACCUCGGGAUGAAAAAUGGGAGACUCUUUGGGUUAAGGGCCAGAUUAAGCUGCUGUGUAAGAUACAACUCUGUUGCCUCAAGCAGAGCCGAGCCUGGGGGGGGGGUUGCUUUUGGCUCUUGAAUAUUCCUUCAUGCAGAGCAUCUUAAACAGAAAAUAGAUGGCAUGCAUCCCUCUGUUGCUCAUCAAUCCCCUGGGAAUAUAAGAUUCUUUUUGGAGAUACAUUGGGGGGGGGAACCAAAUAUUUGGCCCAGUUCCGGGAGCUUGCGGGAGGAACUGAACAAUUAGAUGCUCAAGACCUGCCCCUGCUCCGUGCUUCCAUGUACCCUGGCACAGCCAUUUUGCCAAAGCUGAGGAUGUGCCAAGGAUGAUGUUAUGCAAAGAGAUUCAGGCUGGGGAGGCUAACAGCAAGAGAGAAAACAAUGUGCUGGAAAAGAGGUGGAAAUCCUAGGGUGGCAGGACAGAGCCAGGCCGUUGUUCAUGCCUAGUGAAAUGGGCAGGUUCUGGCUGCCUUUUCCCAGUUCCCUGCACCUGUGUUUUUUCAGGUAAUACUGUCCAUUCCAGUAGGAUGUGUGUUCGCUUGGUAAUAUGCCCAUCUAUUGCAACUCUUUGUGCGAUAAGGAAAAAGAAGUUUUGUGUGCACAGAACUUCAGAAGGAGAUUUGGUGAGGUACAUUAAAUCUCGAGAAUAUGAAGAAGACAUAGUUUCAGUAGGACAGCCCUUGAAAUCCAAGGGAAGCAGGUACAUCACUCAAAUGGGAAAGCUACAAACUGCAAAGUUCGGUUUCCAGGCUUAGCUGCCACCUGGCCAUGUCCUUGCUGUCUCUUAGCACUGUUCAUCCAAGGCAUUCCUCCUUUCCUGAGACAUAGAAAUCUCCCCAAGAAACAAGGCCAGGCUUUGUGUCUGGAGUAUGGAGUUUUGAGCUGGAACGCAGCAGCGCUUUGCUCCAGAACUUGUACAGCAGAAGGAGCCAGCCUGCAACGUUUGGGCAACAACAUCAAGUGGCCCAAGGCAGCAGGAGGGGUGACACGAUUGGAGAAGAGCAGGAGAGCCCACCGGUCAUGGCACGACUCUCCAUUCCCCAGCUCAGGCAAGCCACCCCACGGUACAGGGAUCUGCAGAUGUACACCCUAGAGUGGUACUGGCAUUUGGUCUCACUUCCAUUCACGGCACACUUGCAAAUGAGGCUGGCCAGAACUGAUGUCCCGUAUGUGUAUCCAUGUGCCAGGAUUGGAUCCCAGGUUCCCAGAGGGUUCAGUUCCUGCCUUGCAAACAAAUUCCAAUUGUCAUUUCCCAUAAACAGGUUUGCUACCUUUCCUGCUCACGUGUACCGUAUAUUUCGCCCCAUAGGGUGCACCGGCCCUUAGGGUGCACCUAGUUUUUUUGGGGGGGAAUAAAGAAAAAAAAUUAUUUCCCCCCCAGGCACGGGGCUGGGGCGGGGGAAGCCCGAGCUUCCCCUGACCCCAGCCCCCAGAACAGGCUGCUAUCCACAAGCCUAGGGAGCCCGGGGGGAAGUCGCGCCGGUCUCCCCAGGUUUGCGGAUAUCUGCCCAAAGCCGAUGCAGACAGCUCUCCCCAAGCCUUGGGAGACAGGCGGAAACUCCCGUGGGCUCCCAAGGCUUGCAGAUAGCUUCCUGAAGCCUGGAGAGGAGAGGGGUCGGUGCGCACCGACCCCUCUCGCUCUCCAGGCUUCAGUGAAAGCCUGCAUUUGCCCCAUAAGACGCACACACAUUUCCCCUUCAUUUUUGGAGGGGGAAAAGUGCGUCCUAUACGGCGAACAAUAUGGUACUUAAUGCUAACACUAGGUGGUGCCAGAGGAGAAAAGAGAAGCAAGUGCCCCCCCCCCAAAUAAAAUAAGGAGCUUGCCCCCCACUGCUGGACUCCUGUCGUUAACAUAAUUUUCUUUCAUACCUUGCCAACCUAGAAAUAUCCUUUGCCCUUCCUGCACCUGCCCCCUUCCCUGGCCACCACUGAUGUUAACCUGAAAGAAAAAGAACCAAUUUUUUUCCUAAUUCGCACAAGUUCUCUUGUCUGUUUGUCCAGAAGCAACUGUAUCUUGCCACAGAGGAACGCCUGGCAUAUUUGCUGAAUCCCUACCGUUCUGCUUGGCCGUCUCAUAGUCUUCCUUGCACACCAGGCGUCCGUCUUCCAUGAGGUAGAACUCAUCACCUGUGGCCAGUUGGCGAUUGCAGAUGAUGCAGGCAAAGCAGUGCAGGUGAUAGACGAAGUCCUGGGCUUUCCUGACCACCUGCGUGGGUGGAAUCCCCUGCUGGCACGCUGUACAUUUUGUACCAAAACGCCUGCAGAGGAGAACAAAAAAAGACUACGCCUAUAACCAGAGCAAUAUAUAUACUGUACUUGGUGCAGGAAAAAAAAGCACAGAAAGUAGCAUUAGGCAAAGAUUUCAGCUGAACACAAUUUUUUGCUCAUACGACUCUUGAGCAUAGCUGUCAACUGUCCCUUAUUUGGCGGGAAAGUCCCUUAUCCCAGCACUGUGUCCCGCUGCUGUCCCUUAUUGAUGUCCCUUAAAUUUCCCGGGUUUCAAAGGAAGCAGCUCCUCUCCCUCCCUCCCUGCCGGCCAGGGAGGAGGCUCCAACUGUGAUGCUUGGCUGCGUUGCUCACCCAACAAGGAGUCUAAGAACAACUGGGGGGUGGAGCUUGCAUGCCUUGUGCCAAUCAAAUUGGCCGCAUUGCCUGGGGGAAACGCCUUUGCUCAGCGCUUCCCAGCGGAGAGGUGACGGUAGUUUUCCUUGCUGCAUCCCCUUUGCCGGGUUGCUGCGCUGUGGGAACCACUGUUUGAGGCUUCGUUUGGCUGCUGGCUGGGCUUUCUGCUUUUGGCUCGGAGGGGCUCAGAAGUUGAACAUACCUGUGUUCGAAAAUCCCUUAUUUUGGCUGCUGAUCCCUUAUUUUCGAGGCUGCUGGUCCCUUAUUUUCAAAUCUGUAAGUUGACAGCUAUGCUCUUGAGAACUAGCCUAGAGUGUAUGGGUAAUGCCUGCUGAAAUCUCAGAAGCCAGAGCCAUUCCUAUAUCCACUUUUGAGAAGUGGAAGGCAGGGUUUCAGAGCCCUGUAUAGGUAUUUGCCCCUUCCAAGGACCAGCAAAACUAGAAUAAAUUAGGUUAAAAAAAGCAAUGUAGAUUGCCACAAUGCAUGCAGCUUUUCUUGGUCGUACAGAAUAUUACCUGGGCACCAAUUUUUAUUUUAAGGGUGGGAUGUACACAGCUCUGCCUGCGGCAGAAAACCAGGAUGGAGUGAGUCACUGUUCUGAGCAAGGGAGGCCAAGAGAUCUUCUGAAGAAGAGAAGUACUCAAAAUGAAGAGAAAGGGAUGUGGAUGAAGGGGCAGAGUUUAAAGCAGCAAUCGACCCAAUUAUGCAUGACAUUUCACACAGCAGGGCUUAAUCUUCUUCACUGGAGAGAGACUGGCCUAAUGGAUCGCAGGAAGGGUUGGUCUUAAUGGUCCUUUUAACUAAAGCCUAUGUGGGCCGUGCAGUUGCCCCCGCGAGGACAGUACAUAUUUCAUCCACAUUAAGUCUAAAUUAAUUAUGGCUAAAUAAAUAAAUUAUAGCUGGGAUGAUGAAUACAGAAUUAAUUUAGAAUGAUGGGGUCUCGCAUGCGCCAAUAAUACUGAGCACAGCACACCUGCUGUGUAGGGGAAAGGGAGGAAGGAAACACAUCCUGGGUGAGAUAUUGUCCCCCUGCAUGUGAGUGGGGCCCUAAUGGUCUAUACGGCAGUGUUAAAAGCUGUGCUAUGAAUCAGUUCCCAAGACAGAUAACAGUCUUGGGAGGGAGUGCAGCCACAGCAUGCCAGCAUGACAAUGUGAACAUAAUCAGCAGAGUCCCAAUCCUGUGCAGUAGAUGUUUAUGCCCUUGGAAUUCAAGGAUGCCAUCUGUGAAUUGUGGGGUCUCUUCCCACAAAGUUGCAAGAAAGUUGAGGCUGCACAAACUGCUCUAGCAAGUAACAGCAACACAUUCGGUGCAUUGAAAUGUUUACCACCAGCCGAUUUGUACUCCAACCGGCAAGCAGGGGCGUCUUACCCAUAGAGGCUAGUGGCGCUGGGCGCCAGGGUGCCAAGUUCUGGAGGGCACCAGGGAGGAGGCAGAGGCUGGAUGCAGCGCCUCCCAUCAUCAGCUCGCCACCCUCGCCCGCCUCCGCCAUGCUGCCUGCGCCAAAGCAGCACGGCGCCCGGAGCCUCCGUCUGCCAUGGCCACCAUGGCACGAAGUGGCCAGCUGAGCCAGGAAGUGCCACGUCCAGCCUCUGCCUCUUCCCCACCAGAGGAGCCGCCCUCCAGCCGCUGCCCGCCUCCUCCAGCCCCGUCGGCAGCACUGUCCUCCCUAAAAAACUCUGGGAAGCAGGGGAGGGGUGCCGGAGGGAGCUUUGAGAGCCAGUGUGGUGCAGUGGUUAAGAGCGGUAGACUAGUAAUCUGGUGAACCGGGUUUGCUUCCCCGCUCCUCCACAUGCAGCUGCUGGGUGACCUUGGGCUAGUCACACUUCUUUGAAGUCUCUCAGCCUCACUCACCUCACAGGGUGUUUGUUGUGGGGGAGGAAGGGAAAGGAGAAUGUUAGCCGCUUGGAGACUCCUUAGGGUAGUGAUAAAACGGGAUAUCAAAUCCAAACUCUUCUUCUUCUUUGCACCACGGCUCCAGAUAUGCUUCAGAUGGCCCUGCCAGCAGGUGACUGCAAAAAGGCUCCCACAGCUCCUUUUGGGUUUUGCUUAUUGGGUUUCUGCUCCUUUUGGUUAUUUUCAGAUGUAUACUUAAAACAUCUAAGGUCUACACCCGCAGAAAACAUAAUGUGCAGUUCAACCCUUAAAGUGCCCUUCUCUGUUAGAGCAUCCCGAGAAAUGCAGGUGUUCCCGUCUGCCUGAUUUGUAGCUUGCAUUCAGUUUCUAGUGUCCUCUGCAUCUCAGAGAGAAAGAGACUGUGUUCCUAUAUUCUGGGACAGCAUAUACCCAUAAAGUCACAUUAAGGCAACAUUAAGGAGCCACAUUUAUUUUAAGUGCCGGAAAAGCAGAGUCAUAGCAUCACAGUUCAGCCAUGCAGCCACUUGAUUUUAUGGCCUACCUUCCCAAACCUAAACUGCAGCUAAUCAAUCUGCAAAUGCAGGAAAGAGCAUAAAAGCCACUUGCAGAAAUUCACCUCUCGGUUUUUCUAAGCGUCGACACGUGAGUUCUGGUUAGUAGCAAAAAACAUUCACUCGCUAUCUUUUGCAAUUUGUGCACACCUGCAGGCUACUGUCCUACAACAAUAACAACAUAAAGAUGGGAGAGUAGAGGUAAAUAAAUCUCCAGGCCUUCUCCAUGAUAACCACCUUUUUGGCUGAAAAUAAUAUUGUAUUGUUUUGCAGCAUGAAUGGAUUCCUCGCAAUACAAUGAAAAACAAUUGACCUGGGGUGUUUAGAGCAGCCCUCAUUCAUUGACAUUUGGGCUCUCUUUGUAUUCAUACUACUUCUCCUUCUGACCUUGCUGCCCUCUAUUCCCAUCUUUGCCUUUUCUUUAAACAGCUUCCACCACCGGCCUUACAGUCAGCAUGCUGGUCUUGAUUUUAUAACUGGAAACAGGACAUCGGUUCCUUCCACCCCAGUUGUACACCCAAUCCUUAGAACCGGGGGCUUUGCAAGGGAGGGGUACUGGGAUCAAUUGCCCCAGGGUUUUCUGCAUGGAGGGGCCUCAUACACGAGAGAGCAUCGUCAGCAUUGGCACUGCUGCAUUUUGCCAACUUUUGUAAGCUGCAGACAGCAGGGGCCGGGACACUUAUGCGUUGUCCCAAAAAGGAAAAUGCAUCCCCCAAAAUAAAGAAGGAACAGCAUGGAGGGAGAAUAAAGAAGACAGGGGAUCUUUCUGGUUGAUCAGCUGAAAUGCUUGUGCAAUUGGAAUGACUGGAAAAGCGCAACCCAUUUGAAUUCCACCCAUUGUAUUUCUUCUUUUAAUCGGGGACCUUUGUUGGUUCUAACAAAUCAGGAAUGCAGAAGCAGGUAUACAGCAUGGAAUGGCGGUGGAAGAGAACUGUUGUUGCAUGCCACCCCAAUCUCUGAGCGGUGCGAGAUUCCAGGGGUUCCAGGUGUGCUCACCCAGGGUGUGACUGCGGUGUCUUUAUGAUAUAUGGUUCAUUUACACAUAUAUACAGUGGCACACAUAUAUUGAGUGCUCACUGGAAGGACAGAUCGUGAAGCUGAGGCUCCAAUACUUUGGCCACCUCAUGAGAAGAGAAGACCUCUGGAAAAGACCCUGAUGUUGGGAAAGAUUGAGGGCACAAGGAGAAGGGGACGACAGAGGAUGAGAUGGUUGGACAGUGUUCUUGAAGCUACCAGCAUGCGUUUGACCAAACUGCGGGAGGCAGUGGAAGACUGGAGUGCCUGGUGUGCUCUGGUCCAUGGGGUCACGAAGAGUCGGACACGACUAAACAACAACAGUGGUACCUCUGGUUACGAAUGCUUCUGGUUACAAACGCUUCAGGUUAUGAGCUCCGCUAACCCAGAAGUAGCUGCUCCUGGCUGCGAUCUUUGCCCCAGGAGGCGAACGGAAAUUUCACACCGGAGGCGUGUGUGCAGCAGGAGGCCUCGUUAGUGAAAGCACACCUCAGGAUAAGAACGGUUUCAGCUUAAGAAUGGACCUCCGGAACAAAUUAAGUUCGUAAUUAGAGGUACCACUGUACAACCUAACCCCAUGAUGGAGGGGUUCACAGCAUUAACACUCCGAGAGGGUUUUGCUUUUCCCUUAGGCACAGCUCUGGAUCCAGACAAACAUCAGACAUCGUGCUCUGCCCCUCUCUCCUGCUUGCUCUAAAAAUAUCUACUACAAACUCUGCCUUUGCCUUCUAACUCUGAGUCCUCUCUCUUUGGCUUUCUUCAUGGCUCAUCACCUUCGUUUUGUCCUCUAAAUGGCUCACCUCAAAAGGAAACUGCCUGCCUUAUUUAACUUUUAACAUCUGCUGGGUCCAGGGAUCAAGAGUCUGGUACCCACAAACUCAUAACAAUAUUAACAGAGUGCUUCAUAACUAACAUAAUGUACAAAGCCAUCCUAGGGUGGAUCAUCCAUAAGCCCACUGCUCCUGAGUAUUGCCUACCGUGUGUGUGUGUGUGUGUGUGUGUGUGUGUGUGUGUGUGUAUAGUUUUUUAACAUAUCAUUUUCAACAAUUAUUAAACAUACUUUUAUAUAGUAUACAAUUUUUUUGACUUCCAUCAAUCACAUAGAGAGCCAGUGUGGUAUAAGAGUGGUGGGCUCGUAAUCUGGUGAACCGGGUUCGCUUCCCCGCUCCUCCACAUGCAGCUGCUGGGUGACCUUGGGCCAGUCACACUUCUCUGAAGUCUCUCAGCCCCACUCACCUCACAGGGUGUUUGUUGUGGGGGAGGAAGGGAGAGGAGAAUGUUAGCCGCUUUGAGACUCCUUUGGGUAGUGAUAAAGCGGGAUAUCAAAUCCAAACUCAAACUCAUCUGAAAGUUUUCCAAUCUUUUCACUUGAGUAUUGCCUACCUUGUGGGCAUAAGGGGCAGUAGUGCCAUCUUGCUGGUAUCAAUAGGGCCUAUCUGCCCCAACAGAAGUGACAGCUUGGCUCAUGGAGGCCAAAGCUCCACCCUGUAUAUUCAACAGCUUUCAGUUCCAUGGAAGCCACUUCCAGGUCGGUUGGGUCACAAGGGCCAUUUCUCAGGGGCCAACAAGCCCUUGUUUUCUCAAACUGUGAACAACCCCCUUCCAUCCAAGAUGGUGCCAGGAUACUCCUCUGGCCCUCUACUCCCCCAGCUGCCAGGACAGGAGGAUCCGUUCUAACUUGACACUGCCAGAAGAGGGAAGGCAACAUUGACCAUUGAGUCAAAAUAAUCAUCCAAAAGUUCACUUUGAAAAAUCUGUCGCAAACAAGAUGGUCCUUUGGAGAACCAGCCGCACUGGUUCCUCUUGUCCUGUGACAGGGAAUUUUGAAGAUUUCAGCAUGAAAAUUGUCAAUGAGUGGCAGUGUCAAUGAGAAGGUGGCAGUUUAAAUAGGAGGCAAACUCUUUGUUUUUACCAAAUAUUUGAAAUACAUUUCAUGGCAGCAAUCUGGGCAUAAAGUCCUUCAAAGAUUUGACUGUGUCAACAAAAUCCUAACAGAUGAAAGAGGAACAGCAUGGAAACACAAAUCAGUUUUCCCAGGUGAUGGCAAACUAACUGGCAGAGAUGGUUCGAACAUACUACAAUCUCUCAGGUGGAACUGAACAAGAGCUCCUGGGUUUCCCCAGAAAUUGUGGGUUUAAUUCAAUUCCUGACAAGACUUUAUCACUCUUCCCAAAAUAAUGCUACACUCGAAAAGGAAUGCAGUAGCUUUAGUGAGAGCUUACCUAAAAGAUCUUCAAAUCUCUGUUCCCUGAUCUGAAAUAUUUCAUUUUCUUCUUGGAUACUGCGGAAGGAUGUAAUGGACCUGGGAUUUUUGCAUAAAGUCGUUUCAAGAUCACUUAGAGUAAGAACCUGGUAGAGGUGUUUCCAAAAUGUAUCAUAGCUGAUGAUAAUCUUUAACUAACUCUGCCUAUUUCAAACGGUGAAGGAGAAAGAGAAUUCUCUAAAUCAUAUCUUAUGAAAAGUAAAUUAUGGUAAGCAAUGCAGCAGUCAAGGCUGUGAUCGUUAUCUGUUCUCCUUACAGAAUAAAAUCUUAGAGAGAAAUGUCUCCUGAUAAUCUCAUUGCUAAUUUUGCUGCUCAGAAGAAUAAGUUAUCCAAGGCCGGAUUCAACUAACCUUGUGUGCUGGCAGAAGCCAGUGCAAGGACUCCCAGUAGCACACUGAGCCUCUCCUCCCCCCUCUAUGCCCAAUGCCUCCCCCAAAAUCUGCUUGGAAGAGUCAAGAGAUCCCCCAAAACAGCAAGGGGGGGAGGAGACAGGAGAUUGUUCUGCCUGGCAAACAAAAAUGUUUACACUGAUGGGCAAUUGUAAUAGUGCCCGAUGUUGAGCACCACCCAAAUUUCCUACAGUAAUGUAACAUCUACAGUAAUCUGAAUGUGGUUUGUCAUUGUGUAUAAAUAUAUUCCUUAGAUUUGUUUGUGUUUGUUUAUGGAUCCCAGAUGCAGAAGGACUCAAGGCAUGUUUGCAAGCGAACUUUAUAAAAUUGUCUUCAAAUUCUAGAGGCAUAUCUUAACACACUCUUUCUGACAUCAAAUCAAUAUGCUUUUUAAUGGAUUGCAUGCACAUUUGCUCUCUUUGGGGGUUUUCGCAGCUAGAGGCGGGGAGGAGAAUGGCGUUAGCACAUGGCAGAGGUUUUCAACCAGUGUGCCAUGGCACCCUGGGGUGCCUUCAGUGAUGUUCAGGGGUGCCACGGGCAACACUGGCCUCUGUCCUUCUUUCCUUUCCUCCCUCCUCUGAUGCCCUCUUGCGUCUCUGCCUCCCAAAGGCUUGCACAGCUGUUUGUUGCAGCAGCCCUGGCCACAAGCUCCCCAGGCCCCUGUGGGGCAAUGUGAGGGGGAACCUCUUUUGGGGGUGGAGGGGCAGCUCAGAGACCGGGGGGGGCAAGCAACAGCUGCCCGGAGGACUCCCAAGGAGAAGGGAGAGGAGGCUGAGGGAACACCCAAGAAGAAGAAGAAGAAGAAGAAGAAGAAGAAGAAGAAGUUUGGAUUUGAUAUCCCGCUUUAUCACUACCAGAAGGAGUCUCAAAGCGGCUAACAUUCUCCUUUCCCUUCCUGCCCCACCACAAACACCCUGUGAGGUGAGUGAGGCUGAGAGACUUCAGAGAAGCGUGACUAGCUCAAGGUCACCCAGCAGCUUCAUGUGGAGGAGUGGGGAAGCGAACCCAGUUCACCAGAUUACGAGUCCACUGCUCUUAACUACUACACCACACUGGCUCUCUACAAAGGAGGAUGUUCAAGAAAGGGUGAGAGGCUGCCAGCUCUGCAGGCAAGGGGUGACAUAACUGGGCCUCUGAGCCCCACAGGGGCCACAGAAAGAAUAUAGUUGGUCAAGGGAGCCUUGGACUCAGAAAGGUUGAAAACCUCUGGCACAUGGUGUAGUGAAUGGGGAACCCCUCAAAAAUUCUGUCCCUGCUCCUCUCAGAGUUAUACGCCCUGCUCAGAACACGGGAUUAAAUGCAGUCCUCCCUACAUGGUGGCCAGUCUCCUGCCAGAACCUUCCAAGCACCAUGAUUACACUUUAAUACAUCUUUUUGCCUCUAUCCACGUUGCAUGAAAAAUGUUCCGCUCUCGUAAAAAACAUGUUCUUUAAUGGCACCUGUCAGAGUCUGGAAAUGUGGCUAAGUAAACACGCAAUUUGUUACCGAAGGCAGCAACAGCAAUUGCUGGACAUCAGAUCAAUCAGUUUUUAAAAGGCAAAUUAAUAAAAGGAUACGUGGCGGCAUAAACACAUUAACAUGGGGAAUUCAUUCAAUUCCUCCCCCAGUUGGAUGUCUCUGUGAGUAAUAGAAGAGCAGCCAGGUUCUACCUAAAGAGAAUUGCUAGCUUCAGCGCUAAUAUUGCUGCAUUUGGCAGGCAUGGGGUUUGCAGGGAUACGGCAGGACUGUGAUGUCAGUCAAAGGGCCUCUUCGCACAUUAAAUGUUUGGUGUACAACCUAAAACGUUUCAAGUGAGCGUUUAAACAAGUACAUUGUGGAUGCAAAGCAAGCCCUUCGGUUAUUUAAAGUCUGAGUCAAGUAACCCACUUUUUGAGGCUAACCAGUUUUAAGACAGCAUACAUUUUCAAGAAUUGCAGUCCAACAUUCCUCCUCAAAUCCCUGCACUGACUUUUCACCAGCCCCCCCAGCCCCAGUUGAUGGGUAAAGUUAAAGGGACCCCUGAUCAUUAGGUCCAGUCGCGGACGACUCUGGGGUUGUGGUGCUCAUCUCGCUUUAUUGGCCGAGGGAGCCGGCAUACAGCUUCCGGGUCAUGUGGCCAGCAUGACUAAGCUGCUUCUGGCAAACCAGAGCAGCGCACGGAAACGCCGUUUACCUUCCCGCAGGAGCAGUACCUAUUUAUCUACUUGCACUUUGACAUGCUUUCGAACUGCUAGGUUGGCAGGAGCAGGGACUGAGCAACAGGAGCUCACCCCAUCGCAGGGAUUUGAACCGCCGACCUUCUGAUCAGCAAGCCCUAGGCUCUGUGGUUUAACCCACAGCGCCACUCAUGUCCCUCGCGGUACUGUCAUUCAAAUGGUGUGCAAUGCUGUGUCAUGUGAACAAUUAUGUGAGGCAGGGAUUACCUCCCCCCCCCCAAUAUUUUAUUCAUAUUGGCACCCCUGAUUCUGACGAAACAUCAGGAAGAAGCUUCGGACAGUAAGAGCUGUUCGACACUGGAACAAAUGAGAUGAUCCUCAGGCUCCCUUCCAGUUCUAUGAAAUGUCCUCCACCCCAUGACAUUAUUAGCAUUUAUGUAUUAUCCGGAGAAGCAUCAAUGCUUGAAACAUAUCUGGCUUGCAGUAGUGCCCAGCAGUUGGAUCUGAUUUUUGGAGUCUCAACCUACCCAAAGUCCAAAAGAUGACUAAAUAAAACUGAAAGCAACAGUCUUGACGUGAAGACUUGGCGCUCACCAACCUGCUCUGUAAAGAACUUCAGGAAGAGUCUUGGCAGUGCUGGUAAGAGCUCCAGUUAGUGCACUGAAAGUACAUUCUGUUCCAGAGGCCGGGGGUGUCAGACAAGCAACUUCCAAAAGCUGCGUGCAACUUAACAGUUUGAAGCACCGGAAGGAAUUCAUUCCAUGGCAACCACUUCAGUUGCCCCACGGGGGACGGAGAAGCCACAGGGCUUUUUGGACCAGUGUGAAAAGGCUAUUGGCGUUGUGGAAAGAAUGGGGAGGCACAAUUUUUAAAUGCUUUUCAGAGUUGCUGAAAUGGCUAAAGGCAGCCCUAACACAACCACUGUUUCAUUUUGAUAGCAAAAGCUUUUGAACAUGGUUUGGAGGGCCUUUGUUUUGUUUGUUUUUCUCUGGCAUUGUGGUGUUGCUCACGCUGUUUUUACAUUUACCGGUAUAUCUCGCCUUUCCUCCAAGGUGGUACAAAAGGUUCUUCCUCUCCCCAUUUUACCCUCACAACCACCCUGUGAGGUAGGCUAGGCUGACAAGCACGAGGGGGGGGGAGAUAUGUUCUCCUGAAGAGAAAACGACCAUGGAGUUAAGAAUAAAAUGCUCAAAAGGGAGGCCACUGAUGAAGACUAAAAGUUGAAAUGUAUCUGACCAUUCCAAUUUUAAUUAGACUGUAUCUUAUAAAUAGGGUGCAGGAAUGCUUUAUAAACAUGUGUUUGUAGAAUUUAUUUUAUUUUAUGGAAUAUUAAAUAUCAAUUUCUAUGACUGUAAUUCUCCAGCAUUUUAUUUGCAACGGAGGCAAAACCUUUUUGGGGUGGAGAACCCCUACCUGAGAUUAUAUAGUCAUGUUAGGCUAUAAAGGUAAAGGUAAAGGAACCCCUGACCAUUAGAUCCAGUCGUGACCGACUCUGGGGUUGCGGCGCUCAUCUCGCUUUAUUGGCUGAGGGAGCCGGCGUACAGCUUCCGGGUCAUGUGGCCAGUAUGACUAAGCCGCUGAGCAGCCGAACCAGAGCAGCGCACAGAAAUGCCAUUUACCUUCCUGCCGGAGCGGUACCUAUUUAUCUACUUGCACUUUGACGUGCUUUUGAACUGCUAGGUGGGCAGGAGCAGGGACCGAGCAACAGGAGCUCACCCCGUCACGGGGAUUCGAACCGCCGACCUUCUGAUCAGCAAGCCCUAGGCUCUGUGGUUUAACAUGUGGCAUCCCAUGUUAGGCUAUAUAAUGGCCCAAUUAUCUACCUCUGUGCAAUGGCAGCUUUAUAUUUGUAAAUGCCGGCAAUAAAUAACAAUACAACUACCAUUCACCCACCACACCUUAAUAUUUAAGAUAUUGGCCUUAUCAUGCAUGACACCAAAUGCAGUGUGGUUUUUCUUGAUAUCAAAAGCAUCAUCUCUGUUCAACAGCAAGGAGGAAGGACACAACCCAGAUGUUUGCCUCCCUCCUGCUGCCCUAGCUGAAAUCCAUGCUUUAGGACCGUGGCUCCACGCUUUACCUCUUCAUCUUGCAUCUAAAUCUCUCAAGCGUCUUCUGUGAUUCAUCCCAUCCAUAUGACUCAUGGCUGAAGGUGACAGCAGCCUGACUGGAAGAAGAGGGAGCCAGGAAGUGCCCUUAGCCUUCCCCAACCUGAUGCUUUCCAGAUGUUUUAGACUACAACCCCUGUGAUGUCUGGGCUGAUGGGAGUUGCUUAUUGUCUUCAGAAAACAAACAGCAAAAUAAAGUAAAAUAAGCAACUAUGGGUGCCAUAAACAAAUAGGAAUUUAACAGGACUAGGCAAGAUUCACUAUUUCCUUGUGAAUGCCUUCGUAUGAUUUCAUUUGAUUCCAGGAUCUUACAAAAGAUCAAGGGUAUCCUUUAUCACGUGGGUCUAUUGUUGUUAUUAUUAUUAUAUUAUUAUUAUUAUUAAUUCUAAGAUAUCACCCCUGCUUUCCCCUUCCAAUGGAGAUGUCAACCAGAUAGAAUAAGCAAAAAAAUCAAAGUAAAAAUAACAACAGUCCAAUUAUUUAAAAUAUCUAAGUAAAUAACAGGUGGGUUACCAUGCUAAAAACAGCAUUAAAAGAACCCAGGAAGUUGAAACUCACAGAUAGUAAAACAGCAAAAGGAUCUAAGGAUGGUUGAGAAACAAGACUCAGAAAACAUUUCUCUUCAACUAUGGCUUUUUAAAUGUGUUGUGGGGGGCACUGGUUUGUUUUUGUUUUACUAUAUAUUUUGCAUUUUCCCAUUGUGAAUGGACUUGGGAUCUUCAGAUGAAGGGUGGUAUAUAUUACUACUACUACUACUAAUAAUAAUAAUAAUAAUCUGAGCUCUUGGGCAGUAUGCUAUACAAUGGGUCAUGUUCCCAGCAACUGUACCUGAGAAGAGAGUGGCACAUUCCCUCUCCUCACCCCCCUUCCAUUGUCCUUCUCCAGUUUGCCCCCCCCCCCCGCUUCACUUCUCCUCCCCAUUUUAUGGUACCUUGCUUUCCUUUCUUUUCUGAACCCCUUUCGGAGACCUGCUCAAGUAUCAUGUUGUGUGCAUCCUGACACCUAGUUCUGCAAGACAGCACCUUCCAUAAGCCAUGGUGCAAAGGCGAGAGAGAGGUCCAUCCGCAGAAUGACCAGAGGAGGUGUGUUGGGGGGGUGAGGAAACGCUGUGUGAGAGAGGUGAGCACUCCCCACAACAUCCACUGUACCCCCUCUCCAUCCAAAGACAAAGACGCCUUUCAGCCAGUAAAAAACACUCAAGAAAGGCAAAAAGCAGGACAGGUAAGGGGGCAGCCUGAGCCCCAGCAGAGAGGCCUGGAAGGUUGCAUUCGGUCCUUGCUGUCAGGAGCUUGUCCUACACUCGAGUAGGACCCCGGCAGACACACAUGCCCGACUGGCAUGUUCUCUCCCUCCGGGUCAAUCGUUCGGGAGCUUCAAAAGCUUUCUUCAGCCCGAACAUCACAGCAACCAAUGCCAACAGACGUCAGCACACUUAGGGAUCCGCAGAGUUUGCGCAGUUUGUGUAACAGACCUCAGCAUCUCUGCAUUUUGGCUAAUCUACUUUAUUUACAUAUAAACACACACGGAGCACUGCAACAUGGCUCCCUCUCUCUCUAGCAUCAGACAGCAAAGAGAAAAGAACAAAGGACAAUAGUCCCACUUCAUGGAACACAGUAACACAAACAUCCUGUCUCCGUCACACCCCACUCUGUGGAGUCAAAACAUAUACCGUCAUGUGAAAGACAACAAUCCCAUGACUGCAAUCAUGGAGCUGGAAUUCUAACACCUGCUCCUGAUAUUCCCUAUCAAUGCCCUAACCCGGCACCUUUAACAAGCUUCGGUGCCCGGGGGACACAUAAUUUUCUGGUUUGCCUCGGGCAGCAAAAUGUCUUGGGCUGACCGGAAGCAACAUCUUUCCAGAGAGUGUCUUCCCCCCUCCGAAGCGUAGUGAAGUUAAUUCCUUGCUUUUCUCUUGAUACAGAAAAAUAGGGGUGGUUGGCUUUUGCUGCCCAACUCCCCAAGGGACUGAGUCCCCUAAGUCCAUGAUCGGUCAGAGAUGAAUGGAUGGAAUCAGGAGGCAGUGAAAGCAAGGCAGAUCUUUGUUUUUCUGUUGUGAUGGAGUUCCCUCCCCUCCUAGCAAGGAGGCAAAAGAGACCCAGAACCAAGAUGAAAACCUCUCUUUUAAGGGUUUUCAUUUUGGCAUGGAGAAGAAGGACAUCCCCUCUACAAACAGUCAGAAAUUACCUCAAACAUAAGGUGGGGUUACUGUGAUUCAGGCAGGCCGGGGUGUGAUGUUCCUGAGGAUUUACCAAGUUUCACUUAGUUCAAGACACAGUUUACACAAAAUAUUAGCAUUUGAUAGGAAAUCAGGGUGCCUGUCAGACAUCCCUCAAUGCAGAGCAUCUGGGCAAACGAUGACAAUUAAUACAAAGGAGGUUCAUAGAUAUAUAGGAGAAGAAUCCCUUCAGGAACUUCGCCUGACUGCUAUCUGCCUGUGUGUUCUCAGGAAAGGGGGAUUAAGGAGGCAGAGGAAAUAUUUAGAAGAACCAAGAUGGCUUUUGGGUUGCUCUCCUGUACUAUUUUAGACAUGUGGGUUGUAUACUUAUGUAUGUGCGUUUACCUUGUGCAGUUAUCUUAGAAUUCCUCUAAACAGUUCCAAGAUCCUGAUAUGAAUCUACCAUCUACGCCGGUGAUAUCUGAAAGGACAAAUGCACUCAAGGACAAAGUGCAUGAUUAAUAUCAGGUGUAGUUUGGCCCUAAGAGGUCGUUGGGUUUGAGUUCCAGGCUUCUUGCAGGAAUGAGUAAGAAGGGAUCAGCAGCUGGAUGAGCAAGAAGCUUGCAAAUGGGCUCUGUGACACAGGCUUUCGGCUUUCAGCUUUCCUCUCAGCUGUUACAGCAGGGGUGAAAGGAUCUGUCCAUUCCAAAAACAAAAGUGGUUUAGAAAGCCUGAAUGAAUUUUUAAAAAAUCUUCAGGCAACUUUGUGGGGGACGAGGAAACAAAGAAAGCGCUAGGUGAGCCUCUCACAGGAGGGUUUUCCUUUGCCAAGAUGCCACAGUGAAAAAGGCCCUCUCCUUGAUAGUCUCACUGCACUUUGAGGGUGCACAAGGAGAAGCUCCCCAAAAAGGAGAUUAUGGUUUAUGCAAGAGGUCAGAUACCCUGAUCCCAAGCCAUUUAUGGGGUUUAAAAAUUAAAACCAGUUGCACCUGCUCAUUGAAAAAAAAGUUGAAUGAAUCCAGGUAAUUGUGAUAGGGUGGCCGUGCACCUCCCCACCCCACAAUGUACGGUAGCAGCACAGACAGGAAUUUCUAUGUUAGGUGAGCGCAGAAGUUCCCUGCCCAGACAAUGAUGUCGGUUACUCUUGUAUUUUCUUACCAAGGUGUCCUGAACAUUCCAGAGGAUGCAGAAGCUCACAGGGCUAUUCUGGAGACUUCUAAAAACCUCUUAAAUAGGUUGCCAACUUGAAACAUCUAAUGAGUCUCCCUAUAUAGAAAGCACUAACUUUUAAAAAUUGUUAUUAUCUGUAUUUUUAAUAGAUUUUUAAAAUAUUGUUUUAAUUCUAUUGGUGUUUUUAAAGGUAAAGGGACUCCUGACCAUUAGGUCCAGUUGUGACCAACUCUGGGGUUGCGGCGCUCAUCUCGCUUUAUGGGCCAAGGGAGCCGGCAUACAGCUUCCGGGUCAUGUGGCCAGCAUGACUAAGCUGCUUCUGGCGAACCAGAGCAGCGCACGGAAACGCUGUUUAACUUCCCACCGGAGCGGUACCUAUUUAUCUACUUGCACUUUGACGUGCUUUUGAACUGCUAGAUUGACAGGAGCCGGGACUGAGCAACGGGAGCUCACCUCGUGGCGGGGAUUCGAACCGCUGACCUUUUGAUCGGCAAGUCCUAGGCUCUGUGGUUUAACCCACAGCGCCACCCGCGUCCCUUCAUUAAUGUUUUUAAUGACCUUCUAAUGACUAUCUUUUCUACAUUUUUAGCUUUUUCUAUUUUUGUCCCACUCUAGUCUCUAGACUGAGAGAAAUACAAGAUUCUUCUUCUUCUUCCUAUUAUGUGCUCCCAAUUCACUUCUAUACUGAUAGGCACCUGACCAAUUGAGUUUGCUAUUAAGGGCUCAUCUACACUUCCACUUGUGCUGUGCCUGGAAACUACAGGUCCAAGCAGUUUUCUGUUUCCCUGGGAAAACUCCCUCUUUACCGCUGAAUCUCCAAUUCAGAGGUCCGGAGGGUGUCAACAUGAAAACGGGCCUUUUCUGCGUUGGCUCCCUGGAGUCCAAGACAGAAGAAUGUCAAGAGAAUACAAACUCAUUUGCAAGGAAGAUCCUCAGACCAGAGACUCGGCUGCCUUCUAUCUUUCCUGCAAAUUCCGCAUGGACUCUGCAUUUCAUGUCUAUGCCUUCAAGGGUGUUCUUCCAUGGGGGGGGGGGGCAGAAUAUUACAGUAGAAUUGGCUCCAAGGCUUAUCCUGCUGAGUGAUGCCCACACGAGAGCCGUUACUUCCUUUAAAACCUGCUUAUGUAAUGCCAUUAAAGAGGUUUUAACUAAAAGCAAAAACACUCAUUUCUGCAGGGCAGAUCAAGCAGACAUUUCCCCACUCCAGAGAGAUCCAAACAACUGGCGAAAUGAGGGGGGAUAUUAACUGUUGGAUUAAAAAGCUCAUUAAUGCCAACAAAGGAGCACCGGAGGGAGGUCCGCAGAGCAAAAUAUUAUCUUACGACAUGCCGCUGGGAGCUUUGAAAGCUGCACAGGUUUUGCACAGCCAGCCAGCCAAACAUUAUGUGGUUUUUGAGUGUCCAGAGAAUGAGAUAUGAAUGCAAACAAGCAGGUGUGCCAACAUGAAUAAAAUAGGGGGGGAGUAAGCCCUGCCCUAAGGGACGCGGGUGGCGCUGUGGGUUAAACCACAGAGCCUAGGACUUGCCGAUCAGAAGGUCAGCGGUUCGAAUCCCCCCGACGGGGUGAGCUCCCUUUCCUCGGUCCCUGCUCCUGCCAACCUAGCAGUUCAAAAGCACAUCAAAGUGCAAGUAGAUGAAUAGUUACCGCUCCGGCGGGAAGAUAAACAGCAUUUCCGUGCACUGCUCUGGUUCGCCAGAAGCGGCUUAGUCCUGCUGGCCACAUGACCCGGAAGCUGUAUGCCGGCUCCCUAGGCCAGUAAAGCGAGAUGAGCGCCGCAACCCCAGAGUCGUCCGUGACUGGACCUAAUGGUCAGGGGUCCCUUUACCUUUACCUUUUAAGCCCUGCCAUGCAUAAUCACAAGAUGUGGUGCAUGCACACCCUCAACUUGUGGGGAGGCCCUCAAAUAUUUAUUGGGUGUGCUGAAACAACCUUGGCCCCUAGGAGUUGGCUCCUAUGCUAAUAGGGGAUUCUUCAUUUUUGCCAUCCUUGCGAGUCACCCUAAAUCAAGCCUGAAAAGGGCCAGUUUUCAAGUUAUUUGGUGAAAUGGCUAUUUCUAAGCAAUCACUUGUUUUCAGCUCCCAGAAUUCUUUGAUGGGGUGUGUGUGCGCCCUUCAAAUGUAUAUAUUGUGUACACAACAUAGGUUCUACUCAGAGUAGGCCCGCUAAAAUUAGUAAGACCUAUUUGAAUCAUGUUCAUUAAUUUAAAUGGGUUUACUACGAGUAAAAUUUAGCUGAACGCUACCCAUAAUCUCUAAAGACGGUUUACAAAAUAAAAAAAUAGAUGCAGCAAACACCAUCACCAGGGAACCAUUAGCUGUCCUCUUCCUGUUGCUCUAAUCCCUUGCAUAAACAAAACCCCCCACUCUCUACAUUAUGGCUUCAAAUGAUCCAUGUUAAUUGAGCAUCUGGCCUAUUACAUGUUCCUCAGCUGCUAAUGGCAAAAAAAAGAUACGGCAGGGAGAAGCAUCAGGUUUCAUCCCAAGAGCCGCAAACAAACCCACAAUCAAAAUGGGAAGACUACAACAACAGUCACACCUCACAUUUGAAGCUCCUUAUGAUGCCACUAGGAAUGUGGGUGGUGCUGUGGGUUAAACCACAGAGCCUAGGACUUGCGGAUUAGAAGGUUAGCUGUUCAAAUCCCCGCGACGGGGUGAGCUCCCGUUGCUCGGCCCCUGCUCCUGCCAACUUAGCAGUUCGAAAGCACGUCAAAGUGCAAGUAGAUAAAUAGGUACCGCUCUGGCGGAAAGGUAAACGGCGUUUCCGUGCGCUGCUCUGGUUCACCCAAUGCAGCUUAGUCAUGCUGGCCACAUGACCCGGAAGCUGUACGCCGGCUCCCUCAGCCAAUAAAGCGAGAUGAGCGCCGUAACCCCAGAGUCGGUCACGACUGGACCUAAUGGUCAGGGGUCCCUUUACCUUUUAUUAUACCACUUGGCCAUGGUUUUCCCCAAAGAAUUCUGGGAGCUGUAGUUUGUUAAGGGUGCAGAGAGUUUGCUAGGAAACCCUAUCCCCCCCCCCAAAGAACUACCGUCCCUCGAGUUUGCCUGUGAAGAGAUUAAUUGUUAAAACAACUUUGGGAAUUGUAGUUCUGUGAGCGGAGCAGGGCUUUCCUAACAUCUUUCUGCAAAGGAAUCUGUGCCAUUAGUCUGCCAUAUGUCAGCUUCAGUCUAAAGCAGGGGUAGGCAACCUAAGGCCCAGUUGCCUUCUCAAUCUGGCCCAUGGACGGUCCGGGAACCAGCGUGUUUUUACAUGAGUAGAAUGUGUCCUUUUAUUUAAAAUGCAUCUCUGGGUUAUUUGUGGGGCAUAGGAAUUCAUUCUUUCCUCCCAAAAAAAUAUAUAGUCCAGCCCACCACAUGGUCUGAGGGACGGUGGACCAGCCCACAGCUGAAAAAGGUUGCUGAGCCCUGAUCUAAAGACUAUUUCACAAGACAAGCCUGGGUUUGGUACCAGAUAUACCGUAUUUUUCCAUGUAUAAGAUGCCCCCAUGUAUAAGACACCUCAUAUUUUGGGGGACUCCAAAUUAAGAAGACACCCCUCAGCACUACCCGUGUAUAAGACGAGCCCCAAUUUUAAACCUAAUUUUUUGGUUUAAAAACCUAGUCUUAUACAUGGAAAAACAUGGUACACUUAAAGAAGGAGCUGUAGCCUACCACUGGUCCCUGACAAAGGUAGCAUGAUAUGCAUGCCAGGAAACACGCUUAAAUUGUUAAGCGUGCACUUAAACAAUUUAGGAGCACCUCUUAAAUAAUGCAGUGUGUUUAAUGCCCCCCACCAAGGUUUUUAAAAAUAAGCUCACCCGACACUAGCUAUGCUGUAUUUAAUAUUGGCAUGCUAAAACUUUCUGCUGGUUCCCAGGCACAUCUCACUGCUUCAGUCUGCCGUACAACAAAUGUGUUUGGGAAAGAUCAGGAGGGCAAUCAAGAAUGGGCAUUUUUGUGGGGGGCUUCCUGCCCUCUGGCACAGAACAGAUGUGCUUGAUGUGGGCAAGAGAGAUUAAAAUCAGACAAAGCAAUAGUCCAAUUUGGGCUUAAAAACGCAGUGGGGGGGGAAGGGUGUAUUAGAGGGAUUUGGGUCUCUAAGAAGGUUAAAUUCCCACAAAUAGCAUUCACCCUGUGAGAGCUCUAGAGCAGGACAAAAUUCCCUUUAUUACAUGCUUGGAGAUUCUACUCCAUUUAAAAAAUGAUCCAGUAUUUUCCCACACAUCACCUGCUUGUCUUAUACAGAGUCUCUUUCCCAUGAUAUCUACCUUUCCCCCACCCCGUUCCAUUUCCCCCAAAUCUGAAUUUCCUCCCCUCUACUAGCACAUAGCAUAAGGACAUAUCUGUGGCACAUUAUCGCAGUCAAACCAACAAUUCAUGCUUUGCCAGACAGACACACGAAGGGGCUGAGGUUCACAGAGCUUUCCUGUAAAAUUUGCUAGAGAGAACUCUGUGAGAUCACUUCCUUUGCCUGCCUCAGCAGGAAACUGUAACACGACAUCCUUCCUGCCCUGACAGCCUCCUCCUUUUUCAUCGCACUUCCAAGAUGACCUCAUGAGCAUAUCUGUGCUCUGCAGCUCAGACACCAUUUUUUAUUUUUGUACUAAAAAGCAAUGACAAACCUAGACGGCAUCUUAAAAAGCAGAGAUAUCACCUUGCCGACAAAGGUCCAUAUAGUUAAAGCUAUGGUUUUCCCAGUAGUGAUGUAUGAAAGUGAGAGCUGGACCAUAAAGAAGGCUGAUCGCCAAAGAAUGGAUGCUUUUGAAUUAUGGUGCUGGAGGAGACUCUUGAGAGUCCCAUGGACUGCAAGAAGAUCAAACCUAUCCAUUCUGAAGGAAAUCAGCCCUGAGUGCUCACUGGAAGGACAGAUCCUGAAGCUGAGGCUCCAAUACUUUGGCCACCUCAUGAGAAGAGAAGACUCCUGGAAAAGACCCUGAUGUUGGGAAAGAUGGAGGGCACAAGGAGAAGGGGAUGACAGAGGAUGAGAUGGUGGGACAGUGUUCUCAAAGCUACCAGCAUGAGUUUGACCAAACUGCAGGAGGCAGUGGAAGACAGGAGUGCCUGGCGUGCUCUGGUCCAUAGGGUCACGAAGAGUCGGACACGACUGAACAAAAACAACAAAGCAACUGCAGCAUCCUGGUGAAUUCUGGUGAAUUCUGGAUGGAUCAGCUAUACAGACACACACACAUCCAGGCAUCCCCUCCCCCAGCUGUCCUGGGAUUUCCCUUCACCCAAAUGCACACGGGUUAAGGGGUUUUGUGAAGGUCCCAGCAUUUUUGUGGCAAUUGGAGACUAUGGAAUUGGGGUGCUGAUUCCAUAGUCCCGGCCUGCAUGAUUAGGACUCACUCACAUAGCUGAGUCAUUUACAGAUAAGUUGCUCCCACAAGGCUGGGAAAGUGAAUAAAAGGCAACUUAGAGAUGCAAUAUUAGAAGCCAAAGGGCUUGCAGAGUUGGCAGUACAUGAGCUGGGGUUUAAAAGAGGGAGACAGAGAGAGGGGGAAAGUGAUACGUUUUUAAUUAGAGUAACUUCAGUUGGUGAAGGAAUCCAGACUUUAGAUCUACCUACACACAUUUCAUUUUUAAUUUGUACACCGCUUUUCUAUGUUAUUAAAAACAAGGUGAUUUACAAGCUGAAGAAACAACAAAAUGGGCAGCAAAGACCACAUACCCAAUAACAAUCUGAUCCAAUACACAAAAAGUCAUAAUAAAAACAUAACUUUAAAAUAAACAACUUGCAUCAAACAAAGCCAUACAAAAAUCUGUAAUAAUAAUAAUAAUAAUAAUAAUAAUAAUAAUAAUAAUAAUAAAUUACUUAUACCCUGCCCAUCUAGCUGGGUAAAGAGUAAAAUUAAAAAUCAGCAAAUAAUAAUUAAACAGUUUUCACUUAACAAUUGCAAUAAAGAAUUACUAAACUAUAAUCAAUAAAAAGAAUGGCAAGUCACAUGCAUAAAACCAUGUAAAAGGAUCAAAUUGAGAAAAAGGUGGGAAAAGCCAUUGCCUGUUGGACAGGACAAAGACUCUCCCCUCACUUGAACUGGUGAUAAUUAAUUCUAAGCUAUAGCAAGGUUAUUUAUUAAUGAUGACUGGUAGUAAUUAUCCAAACCCCAAACUCAGCUGUUUUAAUGCUCAGCCCCAGAGGCUCUGGUGUCCCCUUGGGGUUCAUGAGAUUACAGUGAAACUAAUAUAGAAAACAGUUGGAAAAAUUGAUCUUUUUCAAAGGUUUCCACCACAUGCCAAAGAGCAGGCCACUUUUCAGUUAAAAUGUAAAAUUAAAAACAACUUGCCUCUUCCGCAUGCAAGUAGCUGUAAACAUCAAAGAACCUCCUGGCUGUGUGUGCAUAUAUCUUUGGGGGACAAAUAUAGAAGCUGAGUUUUAGUCUGGAAGCCUUUCAAGCCUCUCAUAGGUUGGCCAUAUCAGUAAGAAUAAAUCUCUGGUGGGCCUCAAGCAAGAAGAAAACCAGGAUAUGUAUCCUUAGCACAACAAAAUUUAAGAACUACUGUACUGACAUUAAAUGUGAAGUCAGAUGUUUUUAAGAGUAGCAGAGGCAGCUUCACAAUGCACCACAGUAAUUCAAUGCAUCUUUUUCUCUGGAAUAGGUGCUAGGGGAAAAAACCCAGUUCUGCAGUUUUUCGGUGUCUUUUAGUUUAAUAGGACAAUCCCAGCUGUGGGGGCCACCUACUGGCUAGCACCAAUGCCAUCGACAACACAAUUCCCAGAGGAGGUAUGGUAUAGUUCUCUUUUAAAUGACUGCAUUAAAAACAAAAACAAACCUUCAAUUUUGUUUUCUUUCAGGUAAAUCAACGAAUACGAGCUGCUUAUAUAUAAAAACAGAAGAGGUGCCAUAGUUCAGUCUCUCGGAUCUCCAAAUAAAAGACCUUGGACAGCAAGACUCAGAAGGACCCCUCUGCCCAAUUGUCAGCCAAUAUGAGGGUAGAUAGUCCACCUGCUUAAAUAAGUGCAAGCCCUUCCAUAUGGAAGUUUUUAACCUCAAUCCUUCCUGGAAGCCAUG